AUGGUCAUAAAGGAGAUUAUGGACCAACGGAAAGUGUUUGAUGGGCCACAAGUGCUUCACCUUGUUUGUCCUUUGCCGCAGUAUAGUCCUCCAGAGUUGCGGCAACGUCAGGUACCAAACGCGACUGGUCAUCCAAAUCCCGCAAAUGGAGCAACUACCACGGCACAGUCUCCCACUGUCUCUUUCCCAGACUGGACGACAAACUACUACGAGUGGUAUCAACGUUAUUACGGAUCAACUGGUCCUAGUCCUGAACAGAUAGCACGAUUGCAACAGUACUCCGGGUAUUAUGCCGCUUACAUGAACCAGUGGCAGGGAUAUCAUAAUUUCAUGAUGGGUCACAUGGGAUAUGGUGCGCUUCUGGCUCAAGGAAUGGGCUCUAGUGAGCCCUCCGCGCAUCCCAUGCAUAUUCCUGUUGCACAAGUUGUAAACCAUGGUGGUCAAGCUCCCGCUCCUCCUCAAGACGACGUCAAUGUGGCUGCUGCAGCAGAACAGAUUCCGGGUGAACCGAAUGUUGCUGCAGUUCCUGGAGGUGGCCGAGACAUUUUGGAUAUGGUUUAUCGGGUUUUUCGAGUACUUCUCUUCCUUUCGGCGGUACUGCUUUAUUCUUCUCUUGAACGCUUCCUUGCCGUGGUGACCAUUGCCCUGUUUAUUUUCUUCAUUCAACUGAGGAGAAAUCAGCAAAGGCAGGCUCGUAUGGCUGAACCAGUUGAGCCGAACGUGAAUAACAAUAACACAGGCGAACAGUCCCAUGAUGCAGCGGAAAACGCUCAAACAGACCAUGUUGCACCCUCACCUCCGAGUAGUCUUCAGAUCUUCUUCGCCACUUGUUACUCAUUCGUCACGUCCUUCUUUACGUCGCUCGUACCUGAUCAUCCUGUUCCUGUCGACUUGAAUUAG